AAUGAAAGUCAUAUCCAACGUGUUCAUUUUAAUUUUGUGACUUAAAUGAACCUUUUGUGGCUUUAUUUGUACUAGCAUCACGCGAGAUUGAUCGGCGACGAACGCCGAGUCGUGUGGUGACAAACGUCAAACGCUAAACGCAAAACAUAUAUUUCCGGUUUUGCAUUUCAAAAGAAAACACCGCCCAGUCGGGUGUCCGCCACUCACGUGUGAACGUUCAAGCUUUUGUUUUGAAAUAAAAUAAAAUCUUUUCCGGCGUUCGUGCUCGCUGCUUGAAUGGAAAUGUCUGCAAUAAGAGGAGGAGGCGUUAAAGGGUCUCGUCAAGAUUCUCUGCAACCAAGCGGGGCUUAUUAGGUCACUCCCGCCACAGGGAAACAUCUUUGUCGUCUUGGAGGGACAAACCUGCUCCGAAGUCCAAAUGGCGAACAUAUUUCCCCAAACUCGACGCAGCCCUUCUCGUCUGAUGCUCGCGGGGAAUUAAGACGAGCCGUGAAUUAGACCUCGUUCGUGCAGCGGAAGUUUCUGUCACCGAUUUUUUUCUCCCAAGGGGGUCUUGAAUUGCAGCCUGCUAGCAUGGACGACGACCACCAAGUACCUGACGACCUUUCGGGGGAGGAACGAGAUGAGCUGAGCAACAUCCGACGCAGGAAAAAGGAGCUGCUGGAUGAUAUUGAACGGCUGAAGUUCGAGAUAGCCGAGGUAAUGACGGAGAUCGAGCAGCUGACCUGCGUGGGGGAAAGUAAAACCACACAAAGAAACAAACAGAUCGCCAUGGGGAGGAAGAAGUUCAACAUGGACCCUAAAAAGGGGAUCCAGUUCCUCCUGGAGAACGACCUUCUGCAAAACACCCCGGAGGACAUCGCCCAGUUCCUCUACAAAGGCGAGGGGCUUAACAAGACAGUGAUCGGGGACUACUUAGGGGAACGGGACGACUUCAACAUCAAGGUCCUCCAGGCCUUUGUGGAGCUGCACGAGUUCGCCGAUCUCAACCUCGUACAAGCCUUGAGGCAGUUCCUGUGGAGCUUCAGACUUCCUGGUGAAGCUCAGAAGAUCGAUCGUAUGAUGGAGGCGUUUGCUUCCAGGUACUGCCAAUGCAACCCUGGCGUUUUCCAGUCCACAGACACCUGCUACGUCCUCUCUUUCGCCAUCAUCAUGCUGAACACCAGCCUGCACAACCCCAACGUGCGAGACAAGCCCCCCGUGGAGCGUUUCAUCUCCAUGAACCGAGGCAUCAACGAGGGCGGCGACCUCCCGGAGGAGCUACUCAGGAAUCUCUACGACAGCAUCAAGAGUGAACCAUUUAAGAUCCCGGAGGAUGACGGCAACGACCUGACGCACACCUUCUUCAACCCGGACAGGGAGGGCUGGCUGCUCAAAUUAGGAGGCAGAGUGAAAACCUGGAAGAGGAGAUGGUUCAUCCUGACUGACAACUGUCUCUACUACUUUGAAUACACCACGGACAAAGAGCCUCGUGGGAUUAUUCCCCUGGAGAACCUCAGCAUCCGAGAGGUGGAGGAGCCCAGGAAGCCCAACUGCUUCGAGCUCUACAACCCCAACCACAAGGGCCAGGUCAUCAAAGCCUGCAAGACGGAGGCGGACGGCCGCGUCGUGGAGGGCAACCACGUGGUCUACCGAAUAUCAGCGCCCACGCCGGAGGAGAAGGAAGAGUGGAUUAAGUCCAUCAAGGCCAGCAUCAGCAGAGACCCCUUCUACGACAUGCUCGCCACCAGGAAGCGACGCGUCGCCAACAAGAAGUGAACGCCGGCUCGCCCGCGACCGCGUCAACUACAGACCAGCCUCCAAACAAGGAGGGCCUCCGACUGUGGAGGUCAGCACGUGUGUGGACUUCUCCUGCACGCUGCUCACCUGCUUCAGGUGCACAUGCAUGUGUGUGUGUUUGUGUGUGUGUGUGUGUUCAUGUGUGUGUGUGUGUGUGUGUUAGAGAGAGAGAGAGAGCAUCUCUGCUGCAUGACAGGCGUCAUCAGGGACGUUGGACUGUGCAGCUUUUUAGAUUCUUUACCAAGAAAUAAGACAGUCUGGAGUCAGCUGGACUGAUUCUGUUAUCUUUUAGCGGCUGUGCAUACUUUUAUUAUUUUCAAUGAAUAUUUGAGUUGACUCAUACACAAUGUUUGUUUUGGGGUUUUUUUUGGUUUGAAAGAGUGUUUCCUGCCAAGGAGUAUCAGGGCCACAAAGAAAAGAAACAUGCAUUUUGCAAAAUUACUUAAUAUACCAGAAAAGUCAUUGUAUUAUGCGGGAAAUUUUUUUAUAUAUAAAAACGGCCCAAAAAAAGGUAUUUUACAAGAAUAAAGUACUCAUUUUACUUAAAAUAAAUCAUUAUAUUUGAAAGGAAAGAAGUGAAAAACACUCUAAUAACUAAAGUUCCUUGGGUGAAUAAUGUAAACUCACCACACCGGUAUGUUUUAGUGCUUUCAUGGUGAGUUUACUAAGAAUUUUACACUACUUUAUAUUACAAAUGGCAACAGCGGAGGAUGAAUGUCACAUAACAAGAAGAUAGAGAAGCUUAUCGACUACCGAGUCAAGGCAGACGCAUGCAAUUUUUCAGGAUUCAUGCAGAUCCCAAAUACAGAUCAGCAGGUACCACAAGAUAAGAAAAGUUGCUUUUGCAUAAUAUUGCGAAACAAAACACCAGAUAAUAUGUUACCUUAUACACACACCAUAAUAAUACUCCUAUGUUGAAGCACAGUACAAUCCAUCAAGCGGUGUGGCUUCAUAGCUUACCAAAGUCCUACUAAAACAUUUUGACAGAUUUUUUUCUAUAUUUUCAAUGAAACAUACAAAAUGUUUUUAAAAGGCGGACGCGCGCAAUUUUUCAGGAUUUAUGCAGAUCCCAAAUACACAUCAGAAGGUAAGAAAAGUUGCUUUUGCAUAAUAUUGCGAACCAAAACGCCUAUUAGCGAGGGCGCACUUUUAGCAGCCGUGCAUACUUUUAUUUUCAAUUAAUAUUUGAGUUGACUCAUACACAUUGUUUUUAUUUUUUGUUUGUUUGAAAGAGUGUUUCCUGCCAAGGAGUAUCAGGGCCACAAAGAAAAGAAACAUGCAUUUUGCAAAAUUACUUAAUAUACCAGAAAAGUCAUUGUAUUAUGCGGGAAUUUUUUUUAUAUAUAAAAAUGACCCAAAAAAAGGUAUUUUACAAGAAUAAAGUACUCAUUUUACUUGAAGUAAAUCAUUAUAUUUGAAAGGAAAGAAGUGAAAAACACUCUAAUAACUAAAGUUCCUUGGGUGAAUAAUGUAAACUCACCACACCGGUAUGUUUUAGUGCUUUCAUGGUGAGUUUACUGACAGAUAUAAGUAAGAACUUUACACUACUUUAUAUUAGAAAUGGCAACAGUGGAGGAUGAAUGUCACAUAACAAGAAGAUAGAGAAGCUUAUCGACUACCGAGUCAAGGCAGACGCGCGCAAUUUUUCAGGAUUCAUGCAGAUCCCAAAUACAGAUCAGCAGGUACCAGAAGGUAAGAAAAGUUGCUUUUGCAUAAUAUUGCGAAAACAAAAGGCCAGAUAAUGUCUUACCUUAUACACACAGCAUAAUAAUACUCCUAUGUUGAAGCACAGUACAAUCCAUCAAGCGGUGUGGCUUCAUAGCUUACCAAAGUCCUACUAAAACAUUUUGACAGAUUUUUUCUAUAUUUUCAAUGAAACAUACAAAAUGUUUUUAAAAGGCGGACGCGCGCAAUUUUUCAGGAUUUACGCAGAUCCCAAAUACACAUCAGAAGGUAAGAAAAGUUGCUUUUGCAUAAUAUUGCGAACCAAAACGCUUAUUAGCGAGGGCACACUUUUAGCAGCUGUGCAUACUUUUAUUUUCAAUUAAUAUUUGAGUUGACUCAUAAACAAUGUUUUUAUUUUUUGUUUGUUUGAAAGAGUGUUUCCUGCCAAGGGGUGUCAGGGCCACGAAGAAAAGAAAAAUGCAUUAUGCAAAAUUACUUAAUAUACCAGAAAAGUCAUUGUAUUAUGCGGGGAAAAAACAUUAUG